AUGGUUCAUUUCGCUGCCUCUAUCCUUGCAUUGGUCGUUGCUGCCGGUUCCGCCUCUGCUCACUGGCGCGAUGGGGCCCCUAAUGCCACUGAGAUCCAUAUGACUGGAACUCAUCUUGGAUUCAAUGCGACUUCACUCCUCUCUUCUCGCGCUGUGCCACAGCAGCAAGACUACCUCAAUGCACACAAUAAUGAGCGUGCCAAGCACGGGGCCAAAGCACUCGUUUGGGAUAAUUCUCUCAGCACUUCCGCUCAGGCUUGGGCCAAUCAAUGCAAGUUCGAACAUAGCCAAGCUGGCCAGAACCUUGCUGCCGGGACUGGCAACCCAAGUGCCGCCACAGCAGUUGGUUGGUGGAAUGCCGAGUCUAAGGACUAUAACCCAAGCAACCCCCAGUACUCACACUGGACUCAGGUGGUGUGGAAGUCAACCACUAAGCUCGGAUGUGCUAUGAAGCAGUGUGCACCAGGAACAAUUUUUGAUGCUAGCUACGUCGCCAAUUACUUUGUCUGCCACUAUAGCCCAUAUGGCAAUGUGAUCGGCCAGUUCUCACAAAACGUUCAGAAGUAA